AUGUUUUUACCCAGGAGAGUAGCAACAGCCGCUGGUGGUGUUACUUACUCAUCUGAGAACAUGUGUACGUCCAAUUCAGAUUAUUUCAUGUAUGGUAGCAAAGUUUGCUUAUAUUUCUACAAAUUACCUGAAAUGCAAUUAUGUGAAACGCUAUCUCAAGCAAAUGAAUCGUUCAAAAUUGUUCGAUUAUCUCCAUCUAGUAAUAAUAUGCUAUUUUGCUUCACUAAUAGUAGAAAAUUGAUAUUUUUCGACAUUAAAAAUCAAAAAUUUCUAAAAAUAAUUAACGGAUUCGAAUACAAUCUUCAAUCAGCCGAAUUUCGUCCUGAUGGUAAAUAUCUUUAUGCAUGCUUACUCGAUCUAUCUAUCAUAUUCAUUUUUAAUACAACAGAUUUCAGCAGUAAAACAAUUGGUAUUAGUGUAAUGCCGCCAAGAAUGUUCGUAUCUGUUCCAUCAAUGCCUGGAAUGCUUUUAUUCGCAUAUGAAGGCGAUGAUUUUGUCUUUGUUGAUACGGAAACUGGCACAUGCACAAAUACAAGAAUUAUUACAUGUCCAUACGCAAUUAAAUUUGAUCCAUUAAAUCAAAACAACUGUCUUCUUAUUACAAAACUCAAAAAAUGGGCUUAUAUUAUUUUACAACCGAAACCGAGAAUAAUUACAACAUGUGAUCGCCACGAUAUCAAAAUUUCAAGUGGUGAUUGGAUUCCUGCGAUGCCAGGACACAUUAUUACCGGAGAUAAAAAACUUGGUAUGAUAUAUGUAUGGUCUGUCUCAAGUGGCGUUCAAGUUUACCAGCAAAUGGUUGGAGAGAGUGGAAUUACAAGCAUUACGCGUAUUUCCAAUAAGGAUUUCGUCCUUGCAUUUCUUGAUGGCAUGAUUGGCGUUUACGACGUUAAUACAAGACAAAUGGAAGUCAAAGUACCGCGUGCCCAUUUCAAUAUCAUCUUUGCCGGUCACUUCCUUCCAACAGAUUCCAACAUUUUCGCUACAUCAGGUGGAGAUGGCAGAGUUUGCUUCUGGAGUCUUCCAAAUCUCCAUCAGAUGCAAGGUUUCACACUCGAAGACAACAAUUACUCCCUCUACUCCAUGGCAAUCUCAGGUGGAGGUGGAUACAUGGCAACAGGAAAUUCAAGAGGAGAAGUUUCUCUUUAUUCACUGAAAACAUUCAAACUUUUAUAUAAAGUCACAUUGCAUAGUAUGCCUAUUCUUAGUAUACAAUGGUCUCCAUCACGUCCUAACAUCAUAGCAACAGCAGGACAAGACAGACACGCAUAUAUUUUCGAUAUCCAAACAAAACAAAAUGUUGUCAAAAUUUCUGUCAAAAAUGAGUUCCGCCAUUUACAGUGGUCCAAGCACAAUGAGUCAUUGGCAAUUGCAUGUGGCGAUGGCUCUUUGUACGUUAGAAUGGAUGGUGGCUCCUAUUUCAUUAUCAAAGGAUCAACAGCUCCUUUGUUUGAAAUUCAAUGGUCACCUCACAACGACAACGUUGUUGCUUCGACUGAUGAUGAUGGAAAUGUCUUAGUAUUCGAUGUAUCUACUAAACAGGUUAAGAAAGCACUCGGACACGUAGGACCUGCAAGAUCUCUUGCGUGGGUUGAAUCACAAAAGAAUUUGUUGCUUUCUGGUGGAUACGAUGGAGUUGUUGUAUUUUGGGAUACAAAGAACAUGAGUAUUACAUCAAAAGUAACAAUGCACUCUGGCCAUAUCUAUGGUAUUGUCAUGCACCCUGAAUAUCCUAACUUAUUCGCUACUUAUUCUUAUGAUUCAACUGUAAGAUUGUGGUCAAUUGACCAAAUGUAUCCGAUGUCAAAAAUUGAUGCUUUGAUUUCAGGAGAAAAGUUUUCGAUAUCGAAGUAUUGUCAGUACAAUGGAGUACCAACAUUCGAGAAACUUUUGCAUAGAAUGAUAAAGGAUGGAACAAGAAUUUCCUUCAAAGAUGAUGAUGUUGUUCACAUAAGAGAUAUUUUGAGAAUUUCUAAGAAGAGAAUUCAAAAAUUGACACAAAAUUUGCCAAGUGAACAAUCCCAAAUCAUGCGAUCUAAGAAAGCAAAGAAACUAGCAAUGGAAGCUGCAGAACUCGCAAUCAAAUCCGGUCAUACUAAGAAGUAUUGCGAACUGAUGUUUAUUUGUGGAGAAUUCGAUUUAGCACUGAGUGUUGCUCCAUCAGUUUCUUACAAUUUCUGGCAAACAUUAGUCAAAGCAAGGGCAACGAUGUUGAAGGGAACACCAGAAGCAGCGGACUUAUUGAUCAUUGCUGGUAAACCAUUAGACGCUAUUGAUGAAUUAGUCAGCGAAGGUUUGUAUGAUGCAGCACUUUUAGUUGCAUCAUCAAUGAGAGAAAACGCUUUUGUUCCUUCAUCAAAAACAGAAUUCCAGCCGAGCGAAGAAACUCAAGUUACCAGCGAUUUCAUCAAAGACGACUUCGAUGAAGAAGAUUUCAUGAUCUACAAGAUCGCUUCUUCUAAAUCUCAGCAACUCGCUUUGGAAGGACAGCCUUAUCUUUCUGCCGCUGCUUUGUUAUCAAUUGGUGAUGUUGAAGGCGCAAUUUGGAGAUUAGUUUGGUCUGGAGAAUUGGCGUGGGCGUAUGAGUUGGCGAGAUUAACAGAUACAGUCAAUGACGCUCUGCAAACAUUGUACUUCAGAUACUGCUUGAAAUACAACCGCGGACUUAAAGCUUUCUCUGGUUUAUCCAGUUAUUUGAAACGUUCUUUUGCUCCUUCUUUGAAAGUUAAUGGAGAAAGUGAGUUAAAUAAGAUAUAUCAAGAAAACGGAAUGAAGAAUGUUUCAGACUAUCUUCAAGAAGCAAAGCAUAGCAGAGGAUUACCACAAGCACAGUUCAUACUGUUGAGUGGAAGAAUCGAAGAUGCAUUGCAAAUAAUUGUUAAUGUUGGAAGACAAAUUUUAUCAAAAAGCGAUGUUGAUUUCAAUCAAUUGAAGCUUGUUGUUGAAUUAAUAACUAAUGUCUCAUCACGCGUUAACAUGCAGGAUAAGAAUUGGGCUAUUGCUGUUUCAUUGUGUCAUUACUAUGGUAUUUAUCAAGCAUUUUGGCGUGGAUUUUAUAAGAUUUUGCCAUUAUUAGCAAAAACUUAUGAAAACAUUGUGAAACUCAUUGCAGAAGACUUCUUAGUUUCAAGGAUAGAAGAAGUUAACUUGAUCGCCAGCUUGUCAUUGAUUAAACACAGUGUAAAUGGCGCUGAAAAACAAGCAAUGGCAACAAACAUCAGUGAAAAUUCAACAUUCAAGGCAACAGUUGAAUACUUCAAGAAAGGAGAUGUAAAAGAUUUCCAAGGAGGAUCAACUGUUGUUCCUUUAUCUCCUGGUGUUGUCCCAAUUGACAUGAACUUCGCAGAGAAUCAGACUUUGACGUUGACAGGAAAACCAAUACAAGGAAAUAUGAUUGUAUUGGAUGAUGGAAAGAGUAUUUUUAGCGUUGAUCAAGGAAUUAUGUACGGAAUGGUUACGCCAUUCUCGCCUAUGGCUGACUGCAGAACUUUCUUCCCAUUUUAA